ACGAGGGAAAGUUCAAACAAAAUACGUCUAACUUUUACACAAAACAGCGAUGUAAUGUCUAUUAAAAUGUGUCAACCUCUUUCGUUGUUAGAUAGAUGGAUCCAGGAAAACAACGAGUUAGUAAGCAAAUGGAAGCAACAAGAAAGAGGAGGAGAUGCCCUCGGACGAGACCAAAGCCAGAACCAGACCCACCUGAGAUGGUGUUCCUCUGAGUUCCACAAACUUUUAAGGAAAAUCCAAGGUAUCCCUCCUCUUGCAGAUCACACACAGUUGGAGCUGACAGUGGUGUACAAUGCCUGUGUGUGCUUCACUGCUCAGUCUCAGUUCUCAGAAGCUGAGCUGCUCCUCAAACAAUCCACAGAGAGAGUUCUACACAUACACAGUUCUUCUACAGGAAGUGACGCUGUUGCUUCAGACCCUCAUUUGUUUUGGAGAACAGUUCUUACAUCAGUGGGAAACACCGUUCUGACUCCCUGUGUACUGCGCCUUCUCUGUCUGCAGUGGGCAAUAUGGCUGUCCACCUGCCAGCUGAAAUCUAUACAGGAAUUUCAGAAUGAGUUGGUCUCUGUGUUUGAAAGACUGUCUGCUGAAGUUUGGGAUAAAGGGAGGAGCGAGCCGAGGGGAAAGUCCUCUGACACUCCUCUACUGGUGAUAGACCCAAGGAAGCUGAUUGAAUUAUUGCAGAUCUGCACUUACAUUGCCCAAGGUGCAGAAGGAUUGAGUGAAGGUCGGAGUUCAGAAGCGCUGUCUGGUCUACAGACAGCUUCCUCUCUGCCUGCUCCCAGGAUUCUAAUAGCAUACACACAUCUCCUCUCCGGAUCUUGCCUCGCCCAUAUGGGCUGCCCUCAGAUGGCCUUGCAGUGUCACAGGAAAGCACUGGAAACAGAUCACCGGUGUGUGUGUGCUCUCUAUCAGAGCAUGCUCAUUUACAGGCAGCUUGGCAACACACAGGCGGAAAUACAAGCCCUACGUCUGCUGCACUCAACUCUGAUGUUGCCCUCCGCCACAGAGUCCCCUCUGGCCGGUACUGAUCUCCUCUCCCCGUCCUUACUGCUGCACAGCCAAUCACUGAGUAGCAUGCUCUCAGUCCCCUCUGCCCUCUCUGUCCUUCACAAUCUGGCCCUGAAGUGUGUGCUCCACGGGAGGGUGUCAGAGGGUGUGGAAUAUUAUUUAAAUUUGCUGGCUGCUCUUCAAUCAGAAGAUCAACUUGGAGUGCAUGCUGGGAACCCUCCCCUCCCCAGGUUGCCUGAGCUCUACCUGCAGGCCGGCGCUGCCUUGCUUAUGGCGCAACGCCCCGCUGAUUGCAUGGCACUGUGCGAUGAAGUCAUCACUACAACACUGGAGCUGCUGCCUGAGAGAGUGGUGUUGGAAGAGCCAGAUGAGGAGUGUGAGGCUGGGAGCAGGGCUCUGUGCGGGGGCAGUGAAGAUAGGGUGGGAAUGCUGCUCUGGGCCUCUGCUGCCUACCUCCUCCAGGGUCACUGCCACACUCAUCUGAAGGACUGGAAACAAGCCGUGACUCAAUACACAAGGUGUUUCAACCUGCUGGUGAAGGUGCGCUUGAAAAAAAGAGGUUUCCAACCGCAGAUUCCCAGUGCAGAUAUGGUUGGCAAGCAGGGAACAGAUCUGUGUUUCCUCCAGAGGCUGAAGGGGCUUUCACUGGCUGGUAGGGGCAUCAGCUUCACCCAAACAGACCAACUGAAGGAGGCACUGAGAGACCUACAGCUCAGCCUGCAGGCAUUCCCAGAGUGUGUCGCUGCAGGCCUGUGGUGUGGAGAGGUGCUGUGGAGGCUCAGCAGGAGACGGGAGGCAGCAUCUUGUUGGGAAAAGACUUGGAGCUUCACCCCACAGUCCACAGAAGCGAGUCUAUCUGUGUACCUACAUGAACCCCAGUCUGGUCCUCAGUUGGACUCCAUGGAGCUGCGCCGCAGGAUACAGGAACUUGGUCCUUCAUUGUUAGUCUAGAAAGAGACAAAACAAGAAUAACGUAUCUCUUACUGAACAGUAUCAACUUUCUCUGUCCUGUGAACUCAAACCUAUACCCACAACAAACACGUGUGUACCUGGACAAAAAAAAAUAAAGCAUCUAGACAGGGUGCGUUGUAUGGUAAAUCUGGCAGGUGUUUUAUUCCUGAAAUUAAGAUUACUUGAUAGCUAUGCUUUUGUAUGGUUACAGAGGAUUGCGGGUUACAUAAGAUAACACACAAUACGUACUACUUAAGAAGAUGAUGAUGCUACUCUAAAAUGUCUUUUUAUACCUGUUUCUGUAUGGACUGCCAUUACAAAUAAAACUAACAAAUUAUUUGCACUGCUCUUUA